AUGCCACCACGCCAUGAACGAGCCUACAACAUGCACGAUCUAGACAACAGAAAUGACGCCAAGCGACGAAAGGUCCGCAAGGGAACUCGGAGUUGUUGGGAAUGCAGACGGCGCAAGAUGAAAUGCAUCUUUGCUUAUGAUACGGACGAUAUCUGUAUCAGCUGCCGACGACGAGGAGCGAAAUGCGUUGGCCAGGAGUUUCCGGAGGAGGUUUCGGAGCCCCUGGAUAGGUGUCUUCAGAUGGGCGAUCGGCUUAUCAGGGUUGAAUCAAUGCUUGCGCGGUUGUUGAACAGGGUCCCAAGCGAUACCGACAUUGGAAUGCAUAGUGGGAAUCGAAAUCAGGAUAUGCUCACUGGAGCAUCAGUGGACCUGGAUGGUGGUCGGAUUCAAUUGCCUGCGCAUGGAAAAUAUGGCAGACUCUCCCAGGCUCUGUAUAACGCUUUACCGUCGCCUGAAGAUACCGCAUUGAUAGCCAACGCCUCCAGCGAUGUAUCUGUCUUGUUCUAUCAAAUGCUCACCAUUCCAUACCAUCGGCUUGACCAAACCAACCCAAAGUCUGCACGGAGUCUGCUGGAGAGACCUGCACCAGAUGCCCACCCCGUCCUGAUAGCACGGCACAUGCUGCACCUGGCUACUUCCUUACAGCAUAUCCAUCCGGACCUUUACCACGCGAUCAGUAGACUAUCAGAGCCGCCCCGAGAGAUGAUGAAACGGUUAGCCGAUAUCGCCAUUGACCUCGUCACGACAAAGCGCGAUCUCACUGGGAUGAUUGAAGGACUGGAAUGUAUGAUGAUCGAGAGUCUAUACCUUGCCAACAGCGGAAAUCUACGCCACGCCUUGGCUACAAUACGGAGAGCAUUAACCAGUGCGCAGUUGAUGGGGUUCCACCGUCCGGGGAGUCAACCGCAGUAUAAGGUCCUCGAUCCGAAGACAGAAGCGCAUCCCCAGUUCAUCUGGUUCCGAAUUGUAUCUGCUGAGCGUCACCUCUGCCUGAUGCUGAGUCUCCCACAGGGCACUCUUGACCGCAGCAUGGCGUCUACAGCGAUGCUGGAAACAGACACAGCAGUAGGACGCAUUGAGCGUCUGCACUGCGCGAUCGCCUCUCGCAUCCUAGAGCGCAACCAGUCCGACCCCAGUCCCGCCGACUUUGCCCUAACGCAGGAAUUAGACACAGAGCUGCAAAGAGCAGCCGGAUCCCUCCCGGCCAAAUGGUGGCUGACUGCAAACCCAGCGGCAGCCACCGACAGCCCGGAGGCGUUAUUCUGGGAAGUGCGCCGCCUGUUCAAUCAGUCGUUCCACUACAAUCUGAUCAACCAGCUUCACCUGCCGUACAUGCUCCGUGCCUCAUCGGAACACAGGUAUGACUAUUCUCGGCUGAUGUGUGUCAAUUCCUCCCGUGAAGUGCUCACACGUUUUACCAUGUUCCGCGGUCUCGACCGGAUUGCAUUCCGCUGUCGGACUGUUGAUUUCUUCGCUUUGAUGGCUGCGAUGACCUUACUGCUCGCUCAUAUUGACGAGCAUCGACGGUGUGCGGUGUCCCUAGCCCGCUUGCAGCAUCAGGAGGAGAUUCCCAGACCAGAAAAUAGAUUGGCGCACCAACGCCUAAGCGACCGCGCAAUGAUGGAGCAUGCGCAGGAGAGCAUGGAGCAAGUUUGCCGGCUUACGGAGGAUUCACUGAGCGCGCAGAGCGCCGACCUUCUUCGCCGGUUGCUCACCAUCGAGGCUGAGGCGGCCAUAGGGUAUUCGCACCGUGCGGAGGGCUUGAGUGUGCAGCCACAUCUGACUGAGGAGAUUCCAGAUAUGGAGACAAGCGCGGAUAAUAGUGGUGGAAUGUGCGUUCACAUCCCCUACUUUGGUGUUAUUAAGAUCGCGGGAAACAAUGUUGUUUCUAGGGAGAUACCUGAAUAUCCCGUGGGUCCUGAUGUUUCUGUACAAAGAGCUCCCGUUCAUUUCUCUUCCUGCGCUCUAUAUACACCCGCUGAACCUGCACCGACUUUGGGUCUGUCUAAUGGCCUCCUAUCGCAGGGUGAAUACCCCCUACUGAAUACCGAGGCGGGCGAUUCGGGCUUCCAGGGUGUGGAUGCGGCUUUUUUCGAUAGCCUGAUGAGAGGGGCUGGGGAUGGCCAUGAUGGUACAGGAUGGCCAGUAUGGCCGAAUGAAUGCUGA